UUUGGUUUGGCCAUGCACACGUUUGGCAUGCACGCACGCACGCACGCAUGAUGCAUUCAUGAUCCAUACGCCCUCUCCUCUCCCCCUCCCCUCCCUCGCCCACCACCACUUCUUCAAAAACCCAACCACCUUCGUCUUCUUCCUCGUCUUGCUCACGCCAAGAGGCACGGCAAGAAACCGUUGGUCCAUACGAUACCAGCACGACAGGCCGGCCGGCCGGUGGUGGUGAUUAGUUAGCUGGUGUCUCUUUGCUCUUGUGUGCGUACUGCGUACAUGGGGCGGGAAGAGGAAGCCCUCACCGUGGCCUUCUCGUGGGAGCAGCAGGAGGAGCUGGGCAUGCCGGAGAGCCCGAGGAAGGCGCCGGUCGUCCUGUCGUGGGAGCACGACCCGGCCGUGAAGAAGCCGGCGGUGGAAGCACGUGGUGGUGGCGUGCGGGAGGGCCAGAGGAAGGUGCCGGCGCUGGCGAGGCGGCUGUCGGUGCCGCCGCCGCCCGGCAGGCCGGCGGCGCGGGGCUUCUCGAGGGCCGUCCGGCCGGAGGACGACCCGUUCCUGGCGGCGUACCUGGCCUGCACCAAGAGCGGCGGCGACGGCGCGAAGGAGAAGGCCGGCGGCGCCGCGAGGGAGCCCCACAAGGUUCAGAGGCGGUGGGGCGUGCUCGGGCGCGGGCUCGGCGUGCUGUCCUGCAAGCGGACCAACGGCGUCGUCGAGCAGAGCAUGGUGAGGCUGGCCAAGCUGCCCGAGCUCCAUCCCAGGGAUGCUUAAUAUACAGUAGUAAUUAUCUCCCAAUCCAUCAUCAUCAUCUUGUUCUUACUCUCUCUCUUUGGUAUACUUUGCAAUAGUUUCUUUCUGGUCAAGGACUCAAGGGUUAGUUAGUUAGCAGCGGUGUGACAAAAUCUGGUGUUUAAUAGAAGUAGAAACUUUGAUUCAACAACAGAGAAAAGUUUCACACUUAAUUUGCAUGUGUGGUGAAGUUCAGAGAUUUUGGCAGCAA